UUUAAAUUCAAUAUUCACUUCAUUAUAUAUAUAUAUAUUUUUAAUCAUGACCGGACUACCGUUUUACCCACUUAUACACCUGGGUAACUCAGGGUGAGCACUUUGCUCAUGAUGAGUACUAGAGAAUGGGGGGAUUCGAACCAUCGAUCCGAAGGGACUAACGUCAUUCAUUAGCCAACAGUUCGACCGAGCCACAACAGUGAGGGGGACUCGAACCUGCAACCUUCAGGCUACACGUGUAUGUCUUAACCAAAUGGGGACUUUCUAUAACUUACUAAAGAGUUGCAUUUCAAAGAUGGUCUCACUGGAAAAUUGUUUUUAAUUCAAACUGCACAGCGUACAGCAUAGCCGAUGAGGCGGGUCCCCGCGUGCAGGAGGCUCCCGCGCGCCUGGUUUUUGCCGGUAGGUGGCGUCUGAGGGACCGCCCUAACUGGGGGGGGGGACGACGACACAUUUCCACCUUAUUUUCAUGCCGUGUUUUGUGUGUGUGAGUGGCUCUAAGCGUCUCCGCGCCGCCAUGGAGCUCGCGCUCGCUCACACUUGAACACACACACAGUGAGCAGAGAAAGGGGAAUUGUGUGGACCCGCGGAGGACAUGGCCGUGGACGAAGAGGGGACCGUUUCCCACUGCAGAACGAGGUCUGCCCACGCGAACGGCUACGUGAAGAGCUGCGUCGCCCCCCUGAAGGAGGACCCCCGGGGGCGCUCUCUGCUCCGGCUGUGCGCGUGCACCACCACCAGCGCCGGGGGCCCCGGGCGCCCGCGAGCCUCCGUGUUUUCCGUGGGCGCGCUCGCAGCCCUCUCCGCUUCCCUGCUGGUGGCCAGACUCGUGCGCGGCGGAGACAGCCCCGCGAACGCGCUGGGGGGUGUCCUCGCUGGGCUCGCGCAGUCUUCGAGCCCCCUCUUCGGCGUCGGCUCUGCCUUCUUCUUCGUCACGCGCUACCUACGGAGCCGCGCCACGGGAGGCGAGCGCUCCCGCUGCUGGCUCGCGCUGCUGCCCGUCUCGUGCUGCCUGGGGGACCUGGCGGCGACUCGGCUCGCGCGCUGCGGGGAGGACACCGGCGCGGGUCUCGCGGGCAGGCUGCUGUGCGUGCUGGCCUGCGUGGGCUCGCUCGCGCUCGUGCCCGCGCUGAGGCUCGGACAAAGCCUCGUGGUCGUGCUCUCCACCGGCCUGCUCUGGAUGGUGUCCUCGUGCAGCCUGGACUAUGAUGUGGCCCCGGGUGGCCGCGCGCUGCUGGCCGGCCUAGCCGGGCUCUGCGGCUCCCUGCUGGCCCUUCGCGGGGACCCGCCUCCCAGGGGUCUCGGCGCUCACGAGAAGCCGGUGCCCGUGAUCAGACCGCGCAGGAGGUCCAGCUGCUUCUCCCUGGGGGAGGCGUCCCCCGGCUGCCAUGGCAACAGCAGAGCCCCCCGCAGACCGUCGCUGCCCUGCAUCUCCAAGGAGCAGAUGAUUCUGUGGGACUGGGACCUGAAACAGUGGUACAAACCGCAUUAUCAGGGUGCGGUGAGCGGCAGCGGAGUAGACCUGUCCGUGAUCAACGAGGCGCGGACCGUGCUGGCGGAGGUGCUGACGGACCCCUCGCUGGCCCCCCACGUGUCCUCCUCCCUGCGCUCCGUCAACAACCUCAUGGGCACCUUCUCGGGCUCCUGCAGGCCCUGCGUGAACCCCUUCACUCCCUUCCCCGGGUUCUACCCCUGCCCCGAGGCCGAGGACCCCUGCGACAAGGGCGAGAGGAAGCCGCACAAGGGACUCAGCAACAGGAGCAGCCUGCCCACCCCCCAGCUGACCCGCCGCAGCUCGGCCUGCGCCCCACCGCCCCCCCAAGAGCUGGGCCCGUCCCGCUGGGAGCGCAGCGGGGGGAAGCGCACGCAGCCCGAUGUCACCGCCGCCAGCCAAGGGGCUCCAUGCAGCAGCACCGCAGUCUCUGCGCUCAGUACCAGCCUCCUGACCAUCCCCAAGCAGAGGUCCUCCUCCGUCACGCUCACCUACCAGCUGGUGCCCAAGAGAGCAGGCGCUUCGCCCAGUCUGAGCUCAGUGAGCUCCCCUGGUCACAGCCCCCCGUCGGUGCCGCGCUCCCUCGUCGAAUUCCUCGACACGGCCAACUUCCUCUCCAAAGCGGGGGUGGGCCUGCACAAGCUCAGCCCCCCCGAGCAGCAGCAGGUGACUCGCCCCCCCGGCCCCACCAUCUGCAGCAGCUGCGGGCGACAGACGGCAAAGAGUGAGGGUGUGUCUGGUGAGGAGGAGGUCGAAGGUCAGGUGCCGGAGACCCCGGAGCCUCAGUACAGGCGUUUGGCAGACAAGGGGGUCGACAACACGGGUGGCAGCCUGCUUCCGGAGGAGUGCCGAGCAAUCGAGGUGCACGGAGCCGUAAACUCGAGCUCGGGGACAGGAGAUGGUGCUGACCGAGAGCAGCAGGAGCCGGAGGCACAGAUGGAGCAGGACUUCACCUUGGACCCCUUGUUGGAGGAGCACGAGGCCCUCAUGGAGAAGAUGAACACGUGGAACUUCCAGAUCUUCGACCUGGUGGAGCAGACGGGGGGGAGAACUGGGAGGAUCCUCAGCUAUGUCACCUACACCUUGUUUCAGGACAUGGGCCUCUUCGAAAUCUUCAAAAUCCCCAUGCAGGAGUUCAUGGCCUAUUUCUGCACCCUGGAGAAUGGCUAUCGGGAUAUUCCCUAUCACAAUCGCAUCCACGCCACCGAUGUCCUGCAUGCAGUUUGGUACUUAACCACACGGCCCAUCCCAGGGUUCCAGCAGGUUCACAACGAACAUGUGUCAGGAAAUGACACGGAUUCCGACGGUGGAAUCUCUCCAGGCCAGGUGGCCUACACAACCUCGAGGAGUUCCUCCAUCCCGGAUGACAGCUACGGCUGCCUGGCAUGGAACGUGCCCGCGCUGGAGCUCAUGGCUCUGUACGUGGCAGCAGCGAUGCACGACUAUGACCACCCUGGCCGUACGAACGCCUUCCUUGUAGCCACGAACGCCCCCCAGGCGGUGCUCUACAAUGACCGCUCGGUCCUGGAGAACCACCAUGCCGCCUCUGCUUGGACCCUCUACCUGUCGCAGCCAGAAUUCAACUUCCUGGUCAACCUGGACCACAUGGAGUUCAAGCGUUUCCGCUUCCUGGUCAUAGAGGCCAUUCUUGCCACAGACCUGAAGAAGCACUUUGACUUCCUGGCGGAAUUUAACUCGAAGGUGAACGAUGUGAACAGCCCUGGCAUCGACUGGACGAACGAAAACGACAGGCUCCUCGUGUGCCAAGUGUGCAUUAAGCUGGCCGACAUCAACGGGCCUGCCAAGGGUCGGGAUCUCCACUUGAAGUGGACCGAAGGCAUCGUCAAUGAAUUUUACAAGCAGGGUGAUGAGGAGGCCAGCCUGGGAUUACCCAUCAGCCCCUUCAUGGACCGCUCCUCUCCUCAGCUGGCCAAGUUGCAGGAGUCCUUCAUCACACACAUUGUGGGGCCGCUUUGCAACUCGUAUGACACAGCAGGGCUCCUACCGGGGUACUGGAUGGAUGAGGAGCGCUCUGACGAGGUAGAGGAAGCGGGGGAGGAGCCGGAGGACUCGGAGUCUGAGGAUGAUGAGCAGGAUGAGGAGCAAGAACCAAAAAAGAAGGAACAUCGGCGGCUGUUCUGCAAUAUCAUGCAGCAAUUGACAGAAAACCACAGGGUGUGGAAGAAGAUGAUCGAGGAAGAGGAGCGGCUUAAGGAGCUCGCACGGCAGCAGCAGCCGCACGCUGAGUUACCCUCGCUCAGCCCAGCCUCCGACGACAUCCAGGUCAUCGAGGAGGUCGAGGAGGAGGAGCACCAGUAGCAGGGCGGCUGCAGAGACGUCCUCCCCAGGCCCGCUUUCUCAGUCAUGCACACUUCAGCCGUGUUGAUCUGUCAGUGUGGCAGCAGCCAAUCGGGCUGUGUGUUUCAAUCGAAAUAAGGCCAUAAUACUGUGAGUGGCCUUUCACUGUCAUGGUGGGACCCCCCGCCCCCUCCUCAGAGUCCCCCCACUAUGGUCUAAGAUGGCAUUUACUAAAGUGCAUGCCUAAAACAGUGAUUCAGAGUUUUUGGGCUCUCUGUUUGGGGGAAGUAACAGUAAGGGGUGUGUUGGACUUUUCAGGGUCUUUUCAGUGCCUUUCUGCACGGAUGGCCGAGCUCUACAGUCGGGUUCGAACGUGGACUUACAGCUCCGUUCUUCCGGAGCAAAACAGCACCUCACGCUGGUAGCACGAAGCACUGUCCUGACACCCAACAUCGAAUCAUCGAAUGUGCUGACAUUUUGACUGAAAACAAUGAAAGAUAAUUUAUAUUUUAAUCACAUUAUUUUUGAUGCCUUUAUUUUUGUGUAUGAUCUACCAUUUUGAGUGAUUGUAUGUUUUUUUCCCCUUUUCUCUAGAAUGCGAAGUGGCCAGUCCUGAAUUCUACCGCUCUUUAUGAAACGGGAAGGAUAUUUCCACAAAGGGAUAACUAUUUUUUUUUUAAUUUUAGCAUCAUAAAUAUAAAGAAAGAGAAGCUAACAUAUCAUGUUUCCUUAAUAGUGGCCAUUCGCAUUUUGUAAGAGUUGUAUGUAGAUUUUGUUAUAUAAGCAUCACAGAGUGACAGGCCUGUUUCUGUGGCAUUCUAGAAAAAGUAACUCAUAACUGUUCACAACUGUUUUUCUCCUACCAAUAUUUUUAGGUUGAUUUUCUAUGAAUUUUAUACAAUAUACACCAAAUACUGUAGAUCCAGAUGAGGGGACCAGGAUAGAUGAUGUUGCUUUGACGUGCUCUCCUGUUCCCCUUGUUAUGUCACAAGAGCUAAUUAUUGACCGACUGUCCACUGUGCCGUUCGGUGACCCGCAGCCGUGAGCGGCGGCCACCUUUGAUGUAGCAUCCACACAUGCAAGAUGUAAACAUGCAGGUUUACUGAAGAUGCCAUUUUUACUGUUCUGCUGUUUCUACCAGUCAUAAUACACUGUUGAAACCCAUGUGCUCUUAGCUCUGUGUGUGUGUUGUGGAUGCAUUUCCCUGCUGUGCCCAGAGUCAUGCCAUAAACACCGCCAGAAAAACGUGACACCUCGAGAAAGGACGGGGUGAAAUGGAUUGAAAUAAACGAAAGAAUCUCAGCGCGCUCUUAGUGACUGAGGAGAGACCCUCAGACUGCAGGGUGUGUAUCUCUUACCACAGAUUGAGCUCUUCCACCGUACUUCAGCCAUCCCUUUGACCGAAGGAGGAGUCCACAAGGACAGGAGACCCCAAGCCUCUGUUUCACGUCUAGGUACAGA